UAGGUAUUUACAUCAACUAUAAUAUUAUAUCAUAGUUUAUACCUAUAUCGGCUAUAUCACAGUUGCUAUAGCGAUCAUGGUAGUAACAUGUAAACAUUUUCUUACCGGCAUCACAAUAUAUCAUAGGGUCUGGUGUAAUUGUUGUUAUUGUUAUAAUUUUAUUAAUGUGUAAUAUUGUAAAACACGCAGUCAUGAGUGUUAUUAUUGAUACAUCGGCGUGAAAGGUGUAAACUAAACUUAUGAAACGUAAAAUAACUACGUAGACAUGUAUAGUGCACAAUAUAAUACAUAUUUUGUUUCUACUUCUUGUUUAAUUAUGUGUAUAUUAAAUUGAAUAUGUUGUAUGUAUAAAAUAUUAAGUUUAAGAACAAUAUAUGUUGAGAUAACGUUCAAUAUGGAUCCCCAGGCCGUCAACUUCCAAUACUGCAACUUAGCAGUUCAAGACGUUGCACAAUUUUCCAAAAAAAAUCUAGAAGAUUAUAGAAUUGUUAGUAGAAAACAAUUGGAUAGAAUCGUUAGUAAUUCUGAAAGACACUUGACAGAAGAUGAACAUCGUUGGUUAAUUAAACGAGACUGUAAAAAAGUUAUUUCAGAUAUAAACAAGUGUGCGCGCAGGAAAAAAUUGAAACACACCGAACGAAGAAUAUCGUCGAUCGUUGAUCGACGAGCAUUGCAGCAGGACGAAGAGUUUCGCUGCAAAAACGCGGCGGUCAUCAAUGAUGUUUUGAAUAUUUGCCGUAACACGUCACCUGAUGCGAGAAUCAGCACAAUCGUCAAUAAUUUUACCGUCAUCAAUGUACAACAGUUGAACGUCAACAUCAUCAACAACAACAUUAAUUACUAUCAAAAUGAUUAUAAUAAUCGCGGUAGCGAACCAACAACGAUAUUCGAGUGCACGGAAGACGACUAUCAAACUGAUCGUACAACUACUGAAAAUGACCGAUGUUGUAACAACGCGACGAGCGAAAAAAACGGAUCAGAAACGUUGGCAAUGCGUUUGCUGCAGAGGAUUUACUGGGACAAGUGGCGGGAUUACACGACAAAAUCGAAAGCGUCCCGCGGUCUCGAAGGGAUUAACAAUAAAGUCAAUAAGUUUUUGUCGAAAAUUCAAGAAGAAUUGGACACUGACAAUCGUCGGCGGAAGAAUAGAACGGCCGAUGACAAUAAACAGACUUGUGCGUGGAAUCGUGUGGCACCAGUGACGAAGCGGAUCGCCCACCGUGACCGUCAGCAGGCAAAAAUUGACGAACAGAAAAAAAUGCUUGAGAAACAGCGAAUGGAAAUCGAACGCCUGAGACUUCAACAAUUUAAAUUGGAAUCCGAAAAGGCGUUACUUGAGAACCAGAGACUGUUGCAGGAUCUGCAUCAUUCUGGCGGGUAUGAAAGGAAACCCAAAAUCCGAAACGCGCAGCCGCCACAGCGCAGCGCUGCCACGGCGAAUCCGUCGGACAUACUGAACCGGAUGGAAGUACGGGCCCUGGAACGCCGGGUUAAGUGGGAGGCAAUUAAGGAGAGGCGCCGGAAGGCGGAACAGGAAGAAAUGCGGAGAAAACGUGAGCUGGAGGAAAAGUGCAUGAGAGAACGGAUGGAAAAGAAACGCGAGCGAUUGCUCGAGGCUAGGGAAAACCUGAGAUUGAGGACUAUCGAAGAGGAAAGACGAAAGGCGGAAAGGGAAGCGUGGCGGGAGAACGUUCGGAUCGCUGACGAUUCGUAUCGUAAACUGUUGAUGAGGAGAGGACUCGAAGCGUUCAGAGCGAAUUUAAAUUGUGCCAGAUGGCGGGCAGAAGAGGCUUCAGAACACUACGACAGACAAUUAGUCAGCACUUGCUUCAACAAAUGGCGAUUUUACGUGAAUAAUAGUAUGAACGAGAAAAUAUUUUUGGCUGAUCAGUUUUACAAGCAGAAAUUAAUGAAAACUACAUUUCUAGGAUUUUAUGAGAUUUUAGAAGAGAGGAAAAAAAAACAACAAGUAGCUGAAGAUUGGCACAAUUUUAAAAUGGAAGAAUAUUGGUUUAAGAGAUGGCAUGAUUAUGUCAGAGAAAUUAGAGUUCAAACACAAAUAAAAAUGUUGAAAGCAGAAUCUUAUCAUAACAAGAUAAUAAUGAAGCAUUGUUUUGAUAAUUGGAGAAAGUUUCCUGAAAUAAUGUACAAGGAAAGGCUUAAAGACUGCCGACUACGUAUGUGGCAUGAAAAGGUUCAAGAAAUUUUACCAGACUUUAUUCCACCAGAAUUUGAAUUAUAAUAUACUUACUGUAGAUUUAUCACAAAAUUGUACAAAAUAUGUAUAGAUUAAUUAUAUAUAUUGUUUUUCUUGUGCUACCUAACAAUUGAAUGAAACAUUAUUAUUUAUAUAAUUAUUAUAUUACAAUAUGAAAUGAUUAUUA